UUGGUGUGGAGGACGAAGACGAGGACGAAGACAAGGACAAUUUUUCAACAGUCGUCUCUCACUGCUGACCACAGACAGUGAUGUCCAACAACAUGGCAAAGAUUGCUGAUGCUCGAAAGACGGUGGAACAGUUGAAACUGGAGGUGAACAUCGAGAGGAUGAUGAUUUCUAAAGCAGCCGCUGACCUGAUGACUUACUGUGAAGCUCACGCUAAAGAAGAUCCACUGGUGACGCCUUUGGCCUCUGAGAAUCCUUUCAGAGAGAAGAAGAUUUUCUGUGUCAUCAUUUAACUCAUUCACGUUUUAUCAUAAUGACAAUAAAGUUUCAUUCAAAGUCAGUGCAUUACAA